UUGUGUUCUUUCUGCAGAAGACUCCUCACCGAAUGUUGACUCAAAUAGAGCAAGAAUGGACUUCUUGAAAACGUUUUUGAAGUUCUCCCCACUAAAUAGAUAAAGUAUGGGAGAAAAGACAGGAUUGAAAGACGUGGUAAACACUGUAAGGAUCAAAGUCAAUUCUACAAGUAACGACUGGUUCUUCGCGAGAAUUAAGCCCUGAUGUACAUGGUAGGGCAUCCAGCACACAAAGAAAGAGAUAACAGCAGUCACCAUGACUUUGAAGGGUUUGCUGGAUUUAAAGAGGCCCCUCUCUUUCAUCUUACGGGCUACUCUUUCGUAACAAAAGCCGAUGACUAAGAAAGGCAGAAGGAAGCCCAGUAUGAAGCGGCUGAUGAAACAGGUGGCAUGAAUCCAUUGUCUCACUGUUUGCAUCUCUUCGCUUUCCCAGUCAGUGGACACAGCGUAGUUAUUUCGGCAGGUCACCCUUCCUUUACGGUCAUCAUAUGUCUCCCUGAAAACCAAAUAGGGCACGCUGAGGACAGUAGCAGAGAGCCAGACUCCCAGAACGACUCUGGAAGCCCAGUGUGAGGUUCGGUGCUGUUGGGACCACACCGGGUGAAGAGUGAGAAGAUAACGAUCGAGACUGAUGGCCGAGAGGAACAAAACAGAGGCGAACAUCGCCAGACUCAAAGUGCUGUUGAAGAUCUCGCAUAAAGCGCUUCCAAAGGUCCAGUGGUUGUCCUGAAGAUAGGAGGUGGCCAGAAAUGCACCCACAGAUAGAGGCCAUUGGUGAUGGAACCAACUAUGAACGCCAUGAACAAAGGAAGGACAAGGACCAGUCUGGGGGCAGGAGCAGGAACAUGAGUGCUGUUUCUUACUACAGCGGAGACCAGGUCAUCAGUAGAGUUGAUCAGAUCCAUAAUUUCCUCUGGAGUGAAAAACAAUGAACAUAACAACAAGGAGCAAGGAAUGUAGAAAUUAAAAGUUAUCUGGCGCUGACAGCGAGACCCUAAAAGAAAGAAGAGCGCAAAUCAUGGCCCGAGGACUUCCAAAGCAGAAACCGAUUGAAGGUGUUAAACAAGUUAUAGUUGUGGCUUCUGGGAAGGGUGGAGUUGGAAAAUCUACUACAGCAGUGAACCUUGCACUUGCAUUAGCUGCAAAUGAUUCAUCAAAGGCCAUUGGUUUGUUAGAUGUGGAUGUGUAUGGCCCUUCAAUUCCAAAGAUGAUGAAUCUGAAAGGAAAUCCAGAGUUAUCACAGAGUAAUCUAAUGAGGCCUCUUUUAAAUUAUGGUAUUGCUUGUAUGUCUAUGGGCUUCCUGGUUGAAGAGACUGCACCAGUUGUUUGGAGAGGACUUAUGGUAAUGUCAGCCAUUGAGAAACUGUUGAGACAGGUAGAUUGGGGUCAACUGGACUAUUUAGUUGUUGACAUGCCACCAGGAACCGGAGAUGUGCAGUUAUCAGUCUCACAGAAUAUUCCUAUUUCAGGUGCUGUGAUUGUCUCCACACCCCAGGAUAUUGCGCUGAUGGAUGCACACAAGGGUGCUGAGAUGUUUCGAAAAGUUCACGUGCCUGUCCUUGGCCUUAUCCAAAACAUGAGUGUUUUCCAGUGUCCAAACUGUAAACACAAAACUCAUAUUUUUGGUGCUGAUGGUGCCAGGAAGCUAGCACAGACCCUUGAUCUUGAUGUUCUGGGAGACAUUCCUUUACACCUUAGUAUAAGGGAAGCCUCAGAUACAGGCCAGCCAAUUGUGUAUUCACAGCCCGAAAGUGAGGAGCUCAUUCCUGGCUUGGAAGCACUGUUAGUAUCCCACUGCACUGAGGACCCUGGACGUGAGCCAUGGAAGCACUCACUGCAUCAGGCAUGCUUGCGUGAUACCCAUCUUGAGGCGCUCAGAGCUGGAGCUGCACACAGUUCUCAGAGAGAAUAAAGAACAUGCUUUCCAAAGAUAAGUCACAAAGUGGUAAUAGAAGUAGCCCUCCUGAAAAGGACUAACAGUUCCUAGGCCAAAGAAGUCGUGACAGCAUCUCUCAGGAUAUGAGUUUGUCAGAGGAGGAAGGUGUACUUUUUCUACACUGAGACUGGAUUGCUGGUGUACUGGCACUGGGAUCAAGUUUGAAAAAACAGUAAUUGCUGGUACGAAAUAUUUUUUCAGAAAGCCAUCUUCCAAAUAUAACCCUGCAGAUAAUCUGAAAUCCUUCCCCUGCUGCUUCAGUUGCAAUGUGUGUUGUCUUCCCACUACUGAGUUUCCUCAUCUCAUCCAGCAUUUUUACCAGCAAGUACAGGGGUCAUCUAUGAUCAGCUGUUCAUGAGUCAUUCUGUGUGUGCUGGGGAGAAAUGUGGAACAAAGGACUCUGUUCUU